GCAGAGGAGCAGUGAGGGUGCUGACACUCCGCCAGAGGAGGUUCUCUGUCCUGGACAAACUGUCUCCCUUUCCCCCACGAAGGGGACGCUCAGCUCGGCGUGAGUGAGUAAACGUGCGGAGCGUUUGCAAGGGAGAUGUCGCACAUCACGUCUUGUUCCCGUGGACUUGGGUAAACCCAAAAGAGAAGAGGCCCAGACUGUUUUUUGCUCUUCACUCCUCCCAUUGCCAGUUUUCAAUGUGGGAUCCAGUUUUGUCACUCUCGCCAGGCUGAAAUCCUCCAGGGUAAGGAUCUCAAUCAUGGCGGCCCUGCUCCUUGGGCUGCUGCUUUUGGCCAUGCAGUCCCCCAUCGUCCCUUCCUCCGGGCCCCUGACGCUCAGUGAGGGGUUGCCCGCUGCCCUUUUGUCAACCGACAAUGGCCCCGCGGACCACCCCAAUGGGACGUCGCAGCAGCUACCGCGGUUCAUCAUCAUCGGCGUAAGGAAAGGUGGCACGCGAGCGCUCAUCGAGAUGCUUAGCCUGCAUAGCUCCGUGGCAGCGGCCCAAAAUGAGGUGCACUUCUUCGACUGGGAAAGCCACUUCCAGAAGGGCUUACCUUGGUAUCGCAGCCAAAUGCCCUUCGCCUACCCCAAUCAGAUCACCGUGGAGAAAACGCCCGCGUACUUUACAUCCGCCAAAGUCCCCAAGCGGAUCCACCAGAUGAACCCGGAUGUCAAGCUGCUGCUCAUCCUCAGGGAUCCCGCGGAGCGCGUGCUGUCAGACUAUACGCAGGUCUUCUACAACCGUCUCCAGAAGCACAAACGCUACCAGCCCAUUGAGUCAGUGUUGGUGAAGGACGGUGAGGUCAACCUGGGCUACAAGGCACUCAAUCGCAGCCUGUACUACAUGCACAUGCAGAACUGGCUGCGGUACUUCCCGCUGGAGAGCAUCCACAUCGUGGACGGUGACCAGCUCAUCAGCGACCCCCUUCCCGAGAUGAAGAAGGUGGAGCGCUUCUUGAGACUGGAGCCGCAGAUCAACGCCUCCAACUUCUACUUUAACAAGACCAAGGGAUUCUAUUGUUUGCGGGAGGACGGGCGGGAGCGCUGCUUGCACGACUCCAAGGGCAGGGCGCACCCUCGUGUGCCCCCAGCCAUCCUGCAGAAACUCUACCAAUUCUUCCACCAGCCCAACCAGAACUUCUUUGAGCUGGUAGGCCGAACGUUCAACUGGAAGUGAAAGCCUUCUAUUUUUGUACCAACAGAGUAGAUGAACACAUCACUAUUUUUAUACAAUCUACACCACUUACAAAAAGUUAGGGAUCGUCAACUUUCGGGUCAAAUUUCAAGGUGAACCUAGAAUGUACUAUAUCAGUGUUCGGUUAUUGUUCAUGGGUCAGUUAUUGUGGCUUCAGUCUCUUGCGGGAUUUUCAUUUAUUGCAGGGGAUCAUGGAACAUACUGUAUGUAUGCCCAAAUUAAGUUAACCUUUUCGAAACUUUUUCAACUGUUCAGUUUCACUACUUUGUUGCAAAACUUGCUGUUCUCUAUCAAAAAGUUGAAUGGCAAAAUCCACAACGGGUAUUUGAUCCAUGAAUGGACCGACACAUUUCCUGGUUCAUUUUGAAUCCGUAUUUAAGACUCCUCUUCAUCUCUCUGUUCACAUUUUGAUGUCAUGAGUCUUCAACGACAAAACAAGUGUGCAACCAUUGCGAGGCUUUAGAGAGAAUGUUCUCAGAGGGAUGUGACCACUGAGUUGAGAUUAUCACAAUAUCAGAAGCAGAUUGCAACAGAGAUUGAGAUCAGCUGGGAAAGUCACAGAAAGGCUUAGAAGUCAUCGGCAUAGAAGUGGACGUCCUUAGAAUGUAUUAAGCUAUUUGUAAGAGCACAGUAAAUUGUGUCAUAAAGGUGUACAUUGAACAAUUGGACAACAUUGAGAAUAAUUAAGUUCACCCGUUUUGCAUUUUAGGUUCAUCCUUAAAUUUCAUCCAAAAGCUAAAAUAUCUCAAACUUUUUGCAUGUAGUAAAUAUACAUUGUUUACCAGCAGCCAUGUUCUUUUUAUCGUGCAUCAACAAAUGUAGCUUUUUAUUUUAUCUGUGGCUGUUUUAUGAAAAUUUAAUCCAUUUUUGAAUGAAUUUAUGUCAAAGACAGGCGACCCAAUAUGCUUGUUCGGUGAUCAUGACCGUGUACUGUCAGAGUCUGUUCUGGUGUGAAUUUAGUAAGAUUUCAAAUAAAAAAAUGCACACUGUAUUUAGUGAAGAGCUGA